AAUGUCUCCUCCAGCACCUCCUCUCCUCAUCCUCUAAACUCUCAUCUGUCAGCAGUAAGGUCACUUUACAAGUUCCAAGAUCAUUCUCAGCACACACUGACAACAUGCUGGGGACCCUCUGCACUCUCAUCACUGCUCUAACAUGUGUGAGUGGUGUGACGGUGGUGACACAGAAGCCUCCUGUUCUGACGGUGAGGAAAGGAGAGACAGCCACCAUGGACUGUAACCUGGGGACUGUUACUGACCAAAGUGCUCGGUGGUACAGACAGAUCCCAGGAGAAGUUCCUCUCUAUAUGCUGAGGUUCCGUCAUGACUGGAGUUCCCCCAAAUAUGACACUGGCUUCCCUUCUGCAAGACACACAUCCACUCAUCAGUCAACAUCAGAUUAUCGUUUGAUUAUCAGUAGUGUGGAAGAAGGAGACUCUGCAGUUUAUCACUGUCAAACAUGGGAUGAUUCUGCUAAGGAGUGGGUAUUCGGACAAGGAACCAAGCUGAUUGUCACAGGCUCCAGCCUCCCUCCUCCUGUCCUGACGGUCUUCCCUCCAUCCAGCGCUGAGCUCCAGUCCAACAAAGCCACUCUGCUCUGUCUGUCCAGUCAGUCUGGGCCUUUUGCAGAUGUGAGCUGGUUGGUUGGUGGGAGUCCAGUCAGCAGUGGGAUCUCUACCAGCACCGCUGUUCAGAGACCAGACCAGACUUUCCACAUCAGCAGUUCUCUGUCCAUCCAGACAUCAGACUGGAACCUGGAUAAGGUUUACACCUGUAAAGUGUCCCUGGACUCCCAGACUGCAGAGAAAACCAUCAGCAAGUCAGGAUGUCCUGCUGAGGAAUAGCAGAGGACCAAAAUCAUAUUUUUUAGUCUGCUUAUAUCCUGCUUUUUUUUGUUUGUUUUUUUACCGAGUUCAGAAAUAAUGUUAGCAAAGAUGAAUCCAUCUGCUUGUGAUGUAUUUUGUGAAAAUUAGCUUUGCAUUUCAUUAAU